CUGCCGCGGGCUCAUUCCGUCUGCAACUACCGCUUUCCCCUCCCCCGUUCCCGUCGGGGUCCUUCCCAUAGCUAAAGGCUACUUCUUCUUGAGGUCUUAGUGACCUCCACCUCUGAGCUCCUCGAGUACUCGCUUUUUCCGUCUCUGCCAGGAUUAUGCUUGACUCCCUCCCCGGGGCGGGUUGGUGGAGUCAGGAGAAAGAAGUCCUUACAAGCCAAAGCGGGGAAAUCCGGGAAUACUUCCGGCCCUUAGGCUCAGGAAGGUAGCGCGCAGGCGCUCGCUGCGACUCCGGCGCGGUUGACUUCCGCUCCCACUGUGCUCUGCGAGCCGAAUCAUGGAUCACACUGGUAAAGCCAUUGAAGAUUCCUUUUAAUAUCUGAAGGACAAGAUUAACUGGCUACAACAGUCUCUCUUUUUUAGUCAGAAAUACUUUUUGAGCAAGAAAAAAGUCUUCUGUCAUGUCUUUUGGCCGUUGCAUUGCCUACAAUGAGUUACAAGGCACUAAUAGUUCUGGAUCGUUGGGUGGUCUUGAUGUUCGCAGACGAAUUCCUAUAAAACUCAUCUCCAAACAAGCAAACAAAGUCAAACCUGCACCUCGAAUUCAAAGGACUAUAAACAGGAUGCCUACAAAGGCUCCAACUGGUGAUGAAGAAGGAUUUGAUUAUAAUGAAGAAGAACGGUAUGACUGUAAAGGGGGCGAACUGUUUGGAAAUCAACGAAGAUUUCCUGGACAUCUAUUUUGGGACUUUAAGAUAAACAUCUUAGGUGAAAAGGAUGAUACACCAGUUCAUUUCUGUGACAAAUGUGGCCUGCCUAUUAAAAUCUAUGGGCGAAUGAUUCCAUGCAAACAUGUUUUUUGCUAUGACUGUGCUAUUUUACAUGAAAAAAAGGGAGAUAAAAUGUGUCCAGGCUGUAGUGAUCCUGUGCAGCGAAUUGAACAGUGUACACGAGGUUCUCUCUUCAUGUGUAGCAUUGUUCAAGGGUGCAAGAGAACUUACUUGUCUCAGAGAGACUUACAGGCUCAUAUCAACCAUCGCCACAUGAGAGCUGGAAAACCUGUUACCCGGGCUUCGCUUGAAAAUGUUCAUCCUCCUAUUGCCCCACCACCAGCUGAAAUCCCUGAGCGUUUUAUAAUGCCACCAGACAAGCAUCAUAUGAGCCAUAUUCCUCCAAAGCAGCACAUCAUGAUGCCACCUCCUCCUUUGCAGCAUGUGCCACAUGAGCACUAUAAUCAGCCACAUGAGGAUAUUCGUGCUCCUCCAGCAGAAUUGUCCAUGGCUCCACCACCACCUCGUUCGGUCAGUCAGGAAACCUUUCGUAUUUCAACAAGAAAACACAGCAAUUUAAUAACCGUCCCUAUUCAGGAUGACUCAAAUUCAGGUGCUAGAGAACCACCUCCUCCUGCCCCAGCACCUGCUCACCAUCAUCCUGAAUAUCAGGGUCAACCAGUGGUAUCUCACCCUCAUCAUAUUAUGCCUCCACAGCAACAUUAUGCACCACCACCCCCUCCUCCACCACCAAUAAGCCAUCCAAUGCCACAUCCUCCCCAGGCUGCAGGUACUCCUCAUUUGGUAUAUAGCCAAGCUCCACCUCCACCAAUGACCUCUGCUCCACCACCAAUAACCCCUCCCCCAGGACAUAUUAUUGCCCAGAUGCCACCUUAUAUGAAUCAUCCUCCUCCAGGACCUCCCCCACCUCAACAUGCUGGUCCACCUGUAACUGCACCCCCUCCUCACCAUUAUAAUCCUAACUCUUUACCCCAGUUUACUGAAGAUCAAGGAACUCUCAGCCCUCCAUUUACACAACCAGGGGGAAUGAGUCCUGGUAUAUGGCCUGCACCAAGAGGGCCACCUCCUCCUCCACGAAUGCAGGGUCCGCCUUCUCAAACCCCACUUCCUGGACCACAUCAUCCAGAUCAGACAAGAUAUAGACCGUAUUAUCAAUGAUAAUAGUGUUCUGAACUGAAGACAUGAGGAAAAAAACUUACUUAUAGUCAGUCUUUUCAUUAAGCUUUGACUUUUGGGAAGGAAAAGUACCUCUUACCAAGGUGGCUAUAAAACACAUAGGGUCUAUUGUUUUGUAAAAUGGUUUUCAAUCUUGACCUUAGGAUUGAUUUCAAGCACUAUACUGUAGUGCAGCUAAGUGGCUUGAUUGAGCACAGCUAUAUUUUAACAGCUUUAUUCCCCCAGUGUGGUAAAUUGACUCAGAAAUGACCAUUUGUAAAAUGAAAAAUUUUCAUUGUUCCACUUUCAAAAGUAUUGGGUAAACCCAAUGUUUAGUUUUUCUUGUGAUGCAUUUUGUUAACCUGUGUAAAAACAUUAGAUUUCAAUGUGGUUGUAAAAAAUGCUAUUUUUAUGUGAACUUAAAAGUGCAGCCGCAUACUGUUUUUUAAAAUCACGUUUUACCACUAAUUUCCCAAAGUUAUAAUAAAAUCCUAAAAGUAGAAUUUGCUGUAAAGCAGACUGUUAAAUGAUAGAUUAUAUCGCAUUUUAGGCACUGAAAUUUUGAGGUACAGUAAAUAUAUAAUACAUUUCACUGGGAUGCCUUUUUCAUUUAGGCAGCCUUAGGAACACCAAAAUACAUUAGAAUUCCAGGACUAAGAUGUUGGUGAUAUUACAAAGCAUUCUGAUUAUUUGGGAAGAAACAGCCAAAGUAAUACUGUACAGGCUCCAAGCAGGGGCGGGGGGAGGGGGUGCUGUUACUCAUUGCUUUUUUAUUGAAUGGUUGGAAUCACAUGAUGCACCACACUUACUAAUCUUACAUAACAUUAUUCUAUAGAACUGUUCAAAUGGUGUGUUUAGCUGAAAUAUUUUCUCUGUUCAUUGUCUUUAAAUAGGGCUGAUAGGCUUUAUGUAAAUCCUCAUUUCAUGGUAGUUUUAAUUUUAUACUUAUGUGGGUUCUCGUUUAUUGGGUUUUAAACUAAAAUUGAAAUGGUUUGGAGGAGUUUGAAUAAUGUAUUAAUGAAGAGUUGUAAUCAUAAACUAGCAUUUGCUCAGGUUUCAUUGUUUGUGUGAAGGGUUUUUCCUGUAAUUUGAAAUUUUAAAAGUAUUUCCCGUUCCUUUUGUGGGUCAGGCAUUCUAAAAUUGUAACAUUUUAGCAUGGCAUCAGCAGUGAUGACUACCAUAUAAUGUUAGAUUGGAAGAGAAAAGUAAUGACUAAAUUGUGAAUUUUAGUGCUUUAUAGGUGCCUUUAGAGUCGGCUUUUGCAUUAUAGGGGCUUGUUACAUUCCGGCUAAGGUGACCACUUACAGUUUAUACAGAUCUCAUGUAUAAAUCAACAUUGGGAUAUUAUUAUACAUCCUUUGAGUAAACUCCUUUGAACUUUUCCUCCCUCCUAAAAUGGUGCAUAAUAUAAACAAGACAUGUAGUAUGCAGAUAUCAUUGAUUAGGUAGUUUGUAGUAUAUAAAUUUAGAACAUCUUUUUCAACAAAGGGUGAACUAUUUGCUAGUUUUCCAUUUUCUGUCAGGUACAGGCAAAACAUUUUCAUUUUGGAUGAUCAGAUGCACAACUUUCUAAAUUUAGAAGUUAAAAAUAAUAUAAAUGGCCAUUUCACUCUUGACUGGCCAAAAAUAAGUAAUACACUUUUUUCUUGUGAUUUUUCACACUUAGCAGUUUGAGAGACUAGUCUGUUAAUGCACUAUUUCUAGUGAGAAAUUCUUGUUAUUACGAGCAUGAGAGUGAAAUAGUGUGAAGUGUUGGUGGUGAGUGCUUCUAUCAUAUUACUGUAGGUACUUGGACUGGUGCAAACUUGAUUCCUUUUCAUGCCCCUGUUUGGGAGCUGUUAAAAUUUUACUGUUAAAAAUCCAAAACCAUUCUUUUUCAUAUAAUUAGAAAAUAGCCAAAUUCACUUUAGAGCUUCUCAGCUAUUUAUGAAGAGCUCUUCUGCUUUUAUUGAAAUUCACUAGCAUUAAAUGUAGUAAGAAACCACCUAGCCUGUGUUAUGGACAAAAAAAUCAGUAUCAUGAUAAAAUUGCAUAUGUUAAGAGAAUUCCUAUAGACUUAAAAGUGAUUUAAGUUAGGUUUAAUAGACAUAUUAUACAGGGAGGCAGAUUGGAUGAAUGUCUUGUAGCAGACAAAAGUUUUUAAGCGGUGUUAGACUUGAAUUCAUCAGUUAAUUGUUUGAACGAGGGUGGGUGGGUAGAAGGAAAACAAAAUUACUGUUAGUGUUUCUUAAGGAAAAGAUGUGAAUCCCAGCCUUAUUUCAGGGAAACCUUUGAAGCUAUGAUGGACAUAAGUCUAAAUGUAUGUAUGUUUCAUUAUAUUGCUCUUAAGACUACUGAGGUGGCAGUUUAAUUCUUAAAAACAAUAAAAUGGAAGCAUAAAUACUAUUUUGCCUAGAUGAAUUUUUACGUAAUGAUACAUUUGGGACAAUGCAAGAUUUUUGAUGUUUAUGAUAAAGCUUUCUACAGUAAAAUUAGAUUCAUUAAAAAAAACCCAGCAAGUUGAAUAUUAUAUUUCUUUGAUGGUAUGUUUGUUCAGAAUAUAAUCAGUGUUUGGGGAAAGAUCCUUUGCAAGGACUAGAACAAUAUUCAUUUUGCCCUGUAAAAACCACUUGCUGAAAUUUGUUUAAAUACUGUAACAAAUAGAAAUAUAUUUGAUCAUAUUUUUAAAAACUAUGGAAAGUGGCUAUUCACUAUGAAGUAUACAGAGCUACUUUAAAGUUUUAUUCAGGCCCAUUGAAUAUAUUUCAUCUUU